AUGGCACGAGGUCAUGGAACCAACGGUUUUGGGAGAAUAAAGAGACGCUAUCGCAUAAAUCUCAUGGAGAAUGAAAAGAAACACGAACUGCUCAAGAAAUUAUACCUGGAACGAGAACACUACCUCAAGAAUUCAUCCAGAAAAAAGUCAAACAUGUACAGAUACUUCAACAUUACGUACGAGAACAUUGAGCAUCACUUGAAUAGGACAAUGGACGAAUUUUUUGAGGACUUGGAAAAGGACAAGCACAAUACCUUGUACAUUGUCGACGGCAAUGCGUUUAGUGGCCGUUACGCCGACUUGAGGAUACCGGUUCCGAGGGAGUGGGCUUCGUUUGAGUUUGAGGGACAGAAUCCGCAUGGGCUUGAACCGGUUAGCAAGAUGCCCUCGGAUGUCAAGCCAAACUUUGGAAAUGAGCUGUUGGAGUCGAUUUACAGCCUUUUAAAUUCUCCGGAAUCUGGAGAUGAAAAGCAUGUUAGUCCAAAGAAUUCUACAUCUAAAGAAGCCAUUGAACUAUAUGACGAGGUUGGAGACUAUGACUACCAAGAGUUUGAGCGCUUUAAAACAUACCGAAAGGAUUACCUACAGAACAUUGAAUUCAAAUCAAAUGAUGAAUCCAAAAAGCAGAGGGAGCUUUUGCACAAUUUAAUGAUCCAGCCAACAGCAUUUCCAUCGUAUCUUGACCCGGAUAAUCCCAUACUUCGCACCGGAAGGCGACGUGAAUUGCAGCGCAAGCGAGACUCUGGACGUUUGCAGCGUAAGCGUUGGCACAUGGAUGUUCCUUCAGAGGAUGACAUUGCACGUGGAAGACGCAGGGUUGGUGAUAAUGUAACAAAGGAGUUUCUGGACUCGAUUGAGUGGGAACAGCCACUCCCAACGUAUCACGAUUCAAACUUUUUCAAGAGGAGUUUUUACGAGUCUGGGUUUGGCGGAGAUGAUCGGACUCUGGAUUCCUAUUUUGAUGUCCAGUUUAUCGGAGCUACAGACGCCUACCCAUUUGCCGUUUCAGCCGGAAUGCAGUUUGCAUGGCCCAUUUAUUGGUAA